UGGCAUGAAUGCAUAAUCUUAUAUACUUCAAGAAAUGCCUCAGGAUUGGCAACAACUAGAAGAGAAUAAAAUUUCAUAUAAAUUGCUGGAAACUUACAUGAAUGCAUUGCAAAAUUCGUUUGAGUGAGUGGAGUGGUACAGGAUGCAUUUUAAGGGCAAAAUUGAACAUUCAAAGUGUGGUGGGCCGGGGGGGGGGGGGUGUGGGUGGGCAUGGGGUGGGACAGAGUACUCUGGACUGUGGACGUGCGAGCACUUCUUGCACGUAGAUAGUUUUUUUUUUUUAUUUUAACAAAGUCAGCUGUCACAGAAAAAAAGAAGAAGAAGAAGAAGAAGAUGGUUGUGGCACGCAUCAUUUUUUUGAUUAUUGUAAAGAUAAAUUAAUUAAUUAUCAAUUAGUCCCUUUCCUUAAUAUGGAUCAAAGAGAUGCGACAUGCAAAUCACUACGAAGAUGGUCUUAGGCAUGCCAUCCACGUCCAAGUGUAUGCUCCUCCUUCCUACUUUAAGCAGUUGGGGGAUCUCUCGUUUCAUCCCCACACAGUUUAUUCUUUUCGAUUCCAUGGCACGUCCUAUUUCAGAAGUAGUUCUUCCCUCAACAAACAACAUUGCUCGAGAACUAGAUGAAAUUUACAAGGAUCUGCAUGAACUUGACUUCAUUUCAAUUGAAGGAACUAAAACCCUGGAGAAAAAGGAGAGCCUGCAAAAGGAAAAACAGAUAUCUGUUGAUCCAAAAUCAUUGAGAGAACCAUCCAUGGGAGAAAUAAGCUUCAACAUGAUGUUACCUCCUAUAAAUGCACCUCCAGGUGACACUGCCGUGCCUCUUCCACCCCCUCUGCUACCUGCAAAGCACAAGUUCUUAAGUUGUAGCCUUCCAAACUCUGCAACCUCUUCUCCUCGAUUUAGCUCAUUUCUGUCAAGGAAGAACUUGAAAAAUGAAAGUCAAGCAUCUCCUCGACAGGUUGACAAGUUGGUCCAUAAGCACUCAUCUGCAGCACAAUAUCAUCAGGCUCUGCAGAAAGACAACCAGUUUUGGAGAAGCAAAUCUUGUGAUGAAGGAAGAACAUGUGCACCACCCGAUGAACUUGAUGAUCUUUGGCUGUACAAUGCAAAUGCCCUUCAAUACAAGAACAAGCAUCAUGGCCAUGGCACUUUAAUCUCCAAUACCAAUGUUAACAAUGAUAUUCGUCAUAAGAGUAGUAAGAACAUGGACAAUAAUAAUGAAGAUGACUUCAAAUGCAGCGCCCUUUGUUUGUUCCUACCAGGCUUUGGUAAGGCAAAGCCAGUGAGACCAAGAAAGCCAGAAUCAGUGGUGAUGGAGAAUAAUGUGAUAUCCAGAACAGUUUCCCUGGAAAAGUUUGAAUGCGGAUCCUGGGCUUCAUCAACCAUAAUACCAGACCAUGAUGACGAUGGAGACUCCAUGAAUCUCUAUUUUGAUCUGCCAUUGGAGUUGAUCGAAAAUCUUGGGAACGAUGCACAUUUACCGGUUUCCGCUGCCUUUGUGUUUGAUAAAGACAUAAAAGGGGUCCUGAAAAAUGGUUCAACCUCAACAAGAGCAACAGGCAGGAAAUCCCACGAAUCAUCUCGCCAUGUUAGGUUCUCUACAUCAUCCCCAACAUCAUACCCUGCCUCACCUGCUUCUUGCAUCACACCUCGCUUGCGUAAGGCUAGGGAGGAUUUUAAUGCCUUCUUAGAAGCACAAAGUGCAUGAAAUUGUCUUACCCAACGCGUCAACAUUUUCCUUUUUCCCACUUUAUUUACAGGUGAGGCACUGCCCCAAGAAAAUAAACUGUAUGUUACAGGUGAGCGUAUGCCAGCAACCCAAUGAAUUUUUUU